AUGCACGCGCCCAUCUGCACAACGGACCGGAAGAUCGAGCCGCAGCCAGCGCUAGGAUUCGGCAGAGGCAGGCCGGCGUCGUACGUUCCUGUAGACAAUAGGGAAGAAGGAGAAGAAGAAGACCAAGAGAUGCGUAGCGGUGGCUGCGCGGUGCAGCAGGAGCUGGCCGGGGACGCGGCGGCCGUGAUGCGGCAGGCGGUGAGCCUGGCGCGGCGCCGGGGCCACGCGCAGGUCACGCCGCUGCACGUCGCCAGCGCCGUGCUCUCGGACGCCGGGGGCCUCCUCCGCGCCGCCUGCCUCCGGUCGCGGGCGAGCUCCCACCCGCUCCAGUGCAAGGCGCUGGAGCUCUGCUUCAACGUCGCGCUCAACCGCCUCGCCACGGCGGGGGGCCUGCCGGCGGCCCCGCCGGCCAUGUUCCAGUUCCACGCGGCUGCAGGUCACCGCGCGCCGGCGCUGUCCAACGCGCUCGCCGCCGCGUUCAAGCGCGCGCAGGCGAACCAGCGCCGGGGCGGCGGCUCGGCGUCCGCCGCGGAGGGCCAGCACCAUCAGCACGUCGCCGCCAAGGUCGACCUCGAGCAGCUCGUCAUCUCCAUCCUCGACGACCCCAGCGUCAGCCGCGUAUUGCGCGAGGCCGGCUUCGCGAGCGCCGAGGUCAAGGCCAACGUCGAGAAGGCCGUCUCGUCGUCGGAGCAGUCGUCGAACACGGCAAACAGCAGCGCGCCUCCCGAAUACUAA